CAUCGUUUUCGGGCAUGGAUGGACAAGGAAAGAUUUGCAUCCAACUCAUUGCUGACGACGGAGUAUGCAGCCGGCCUCACCGAAUUCAUGACCCUCGCAGGAAAUCAGGAGUCAUGCUUAACAACUGUUACAAAGUCUGGUAUUAUCACGGGGAAUGUGAAACAUACGAUGUGGGUAGUAGUAGUGGAAAUGUUCCAGAUAUGGUAGAAGAAUCUACAUUCCCAGCAGAGGCGGUAGGCACGGUUCAAAUGGUUCACGAUGCAUAUAGGGAAAAUAUGCAGUCGUUUCCAGGCGAAGAAAAUAGAGGAGAAGAACCAAAUAUAGAAGCAAAAAGAUUUUAUGAAAUGUUGGAUGCAUCGAAGACACCGUUAUAUGAAGGUUGUCGCGAAGGACAUUCUCCUUUAUUCGCUGCAACACGGAUGAUGAAUAUAAAGACGGAUUACAAUUUGUCUGAAGAUUGUGUAGAUGCUUGGGCCGAUUUUGUCAAAGAGAUAUUGCCAGAAGACAACAUCGCACCGGGUUCUUAUAAUGAAAUUGAGAAGCUUGUUUCUGGUCUAGGUUUGCCAUAUCAGACGAUCGAUGUGUGUAUCGAUAACUGUAUGAUUUACUGGCAAUCAGACGCACAGUACUUACAUUGUCGAUUUUGUGGAAAAGCUCGGUUUCAAGAGACUAGUGGAAGGGCUCGAGUGCCGUUUAAGCGUAUGUGAUCUGAGGAGUGUGAGAGAGAAGCAUCUUUGAAGUCGCCGGAAUCUUCCAAACCGGAGGUCAGACUACGGCUUACGAGACCCGAGACAACCAAUGUCCCAGAAGAAGAAGAAGAAGAAGAGUCACUCAAACCCAUCAAACUAUCGUUUUACCCCACCGCCGAGAAUAUAAGGAAUGAGUAUGAGCGUUGGAUGUCCGAGCAGGAGCGCUUAAACAUGUCGCAGUCGCAGUCGCAGCCAAAUCCACAUGAACCAGGUAGAUAUGAAGAGAGACUGGCAGAUGAUGACGGACCCGAGUCAGAAGAAUCAGUUGUAUGCACGUUAGCAUCGGUGGAUGACUUGUUAGCUGCUCCAGGCCGACAAAACCUGCCCUACCUCAGUAUGGACAGGGAAGGAAGCAACAUUUGGUUUAGACAUGACAAUACUGGUAAGAUAACAAAGCAAAUUCUGAAGAUGCUUAAAGCAGAUCUCCCAAAACCAUAUCCUACAUAUCGAUCUGUCCCACAACAAAUCAAGAACCGAUGGUUCAGAGCUUUUGCGCAAGAGUUCCACUGGGACUCAAGCAUAGGUGAAUCUGUUCGAACUGAGUAUGAGAAGCAAGCAGGACUAAGUUUUAAAUCAAAUGUCAGUGAGUGGAAGAAGGUGUGGAAGAGAUGUGGUCCUGAUGGCCUGCCAGAUUGGAUGAAGGCGAAGAAAGCUCUGUUUGAAGGUUACAUCAAAUUGUGGACAGAUGAAAAAGUAGAAAAGACCGCAGCCAAAAAUUCUAAGAAUCGGAGUAGCGAAAGAGGAGGGUUAGGGGUCGCAAAACACAACAACGGUUCAAAAACUUUUGAAAGGAAGUAUGAUGAAAUGGUUCUUGAAUGAUAUAAGAUUAUUUUGAACAAGUUAA